AUGAUAUUGAUCCAGCGCUGUGUUCCCACUUAUGAUAUUGAGUUCCCUGCGCCGCGGGAACUGGUGACGUGCUGCGCGGAUGAUGUACACGAUACUUGGGUGCCUAUAUGUUUCAUUGUUGGUGCUUGGAGGGAGGCUGCGAGUGGCGAGAAUCUCCAGGACGUCCUCCACCCAGAGAGCGGGUAUGCGGGUUAUGCUGGUCUGAGUGAGUCUCUUGGGACGCCGUUGGAGGGUUUUCUCCUUAUGGGCGCUGAGAAUGAGUUCAAGUGUAUCCGCAGGGUCAGCAAGUCCGAGGUGGGCUCCAUUCUUGCGGCGUCCCCAGAGGUCCAACGGCACCCACUGUAUGUUGACUUGGGAUGUGCGAAGUUCUUCGACCCUUUCACAGUGGUCGUGCGCACGUAUGUCGCUAUGGGGGACGUCAUUUGCGGUACGAAGUUACUACAUAUGCGACUCGCCGACGUCCUUCCCCUGCUCGGUAUGCUGCACAAUGCUGUCUCAGUCGAGGAGGCGGUGCGGAAUCCGCAAAUGUCCAGUGCGAGAUUUGAAGAACUGGAGUGGUCGUACAUGGACCUGUGCCAUAUGCCUGCACCAUCGGAGCUUAUGGAUUUCGACUGGCAUCCAUACGGCUGGACUUAUGAUGAGAUGUGUGCCUUUUACUUUUAUCCUGCGCCACAUGAGUAUUGUGUAGUAGGCUACUCGUAA